AUGAGCAGCAUUUUUAGCCAGCUUCGACAACAAAUCACAGCUGGUGAUGUGCUCUUGCCUGGCGAUGCAGGUUACCAAGAAAGUUUGAAGCGAUGGAGCGACAGCUGUGAGAAGCCGGCGGGACGCAGAAGGGGUGCUGAUUAUAAGCAUCUUCAGGCUGUAGUAGUAAGGGCGACGAGCCCCGAAGAGGUCUCGACUGCGAUUCGAUUUGCGACAGCCCAGAAGGUCCCAUUGACGGCUCGCGGCGGCGGUCAUUCGACAAGCGGGGCUUCAUCCUCCGAUGGCGGGAUGGUGAUAGACCUGACGCGGAUGCGGAAUGUCAGCGUAGACCUGGCAGCUCGAACAGUAACCUACGAGGGUGGCUGCUUGUUUGGGGACGUCGAUUCGGCGCUAGCUGCCCACGGGUUGGCCACUGUCGGCGGACUCUACAACCAAACAGGCGUGGGCGGACUGGUUCUUGGAGGCGGCCAUGGCUUUUUGACCGCGCGCCACGGUCUGGCUAUUGAUAAUCUCGUCUCAGUCGAGAUGGUUCUGGCGGACGGGUCCAUUGUCGAAGUGUCUGAGACCCAGAAGCCUGAUCUGUUUUGGGCGGUGCGAGGCGCAGGAGCCCAGUUCGGCAUCGUUACACGAUUCACAUCGCGGGCACACCCACAAGGCAAUGUUUGGGGAGGUGCCCUGUUGUUCACAUUGGACAAGGUGCCAGAGCUAAUAGCUUUUGCAAAUGAGUUCCACAACCGCGGCGCGACGGACCACAACUACAUGAUCGCCUUCGGAUGCGCGCCCCCGGAAUACACAACACCGGUGGCCAUGACAGGCGUCUUUUACAACGGUCCUGCGGCAGAGGCAGAGAAAUUCUUCGCACCCGUGCUGGCGCUCAGCCCUAUUGCCAAUUUGACCGGGGUGAUGCCAUAUCCAACGGCCAACACGCUCUUCAACCCAAGAUUCGAAGGACCGGGACGCAAGCUCAUGGGCUCCUGUACCGUAAUCAUGCCGCUCGACGCCGACGCCAUUACAGAGGCCGGGCGACGGUUUCUAGACUUCAUCACCUCUCACAGCGGUGCCACAAAAUCAGUCCUCGCCUUCGAGUUCUUCCCGACGGCGGCUAUUCGGGCCACUCCGCAGGACGCAACCGCGUUCGCCAACCGCGGCGAGCACUAUAUAGCCGUGAUGGGGCUCAUGUACGACGACGCAUCUCUUGAUGCUGAAGUCCGUGCCUUUAAGCGCGAGUUAUCUGAUUACAUUACCACCACUUGCGGCUACAAGGGCAAGCGGGCCCCGGGAGAUCCCGCGCCGUUUUACGUUAACCUGGAACACGAGGCCUUGUCACCGGAAGACGCUUUCGGUGACCACGUCGAACAGUUGCGCGAGCUCAAGUGCAGAUACGACCCACAGAAUGUCUUCCACAAAUGGCACGGCGUGGUGGUGGAACCCAAGACCCCCACCAGCGGCCAGGUAUAA